AUGGAGUCUAAAGUUUUAAAAAGUAUGAUGAAAAUCGCAUCUCAACACACAUUAAACGUUGUUAACAAUGCUUUGAAGCCCUACAAUGUUUAAUCUCCUCCUAUCAAGAUUUAACCUGUUUCUAACUUAGUUGAUGUUGAUUACAACACCCCAACUCUCUUGCAAGUCUUCAACCAAAAUAAAGAUAAGAAAACAAAGCAAGCUUUUGGUUUGGCAGACAUUAAGGCAUUCUGUCAUAAGGUUAUUGAAUCAUUCAAUCCUGAAGAUAAGGACUGUGCUAUCGAAAAGUUAGGUGUUACUGACUAAGGUUUUUUGACUAUUAAGUUAAAAUAAUAAGUUAUUGAAGAUGAAAUUAACAAUAUUUUAAAGAAUGGUUUGAACUACCCCACUGAAAAGAAACAAAAGAUUGCCGUUGAUUUCUCAUCUCCUAAUAUUGCCAAAGAAAUGCACGUUGGUCACUUGCGUUCAACUAUUAUUGGUGAAUCUAUUUGCCGUAUUUUUGAAUUCUAAAACCACGAAGUUCUUCGUAUUAACCAUUUGGGUGAUUGGGGUACUCAAUUCGGUAUGCUUAUUACUUAUAUGAAGAGAAAAUAUCCUAAUUUCCUCAAUGAACCUAUUGAUUUAUCAGAUUUAACUAUGUUCUACAAGGAAUCUAAGAAGUUAUUCGAUGAAGAUCCUGAAUUCAAGAAGACUGCUUAACUUACUGUCGUCGACCUUCAAAGUGGUGACCCUGAAUGUCGCAAGGCUUGGGAAAUUCUUUGUGAAAUUUCUCGUAGGGAAUUCACUGAAAUCUACAAGCGUUUAGACAUUACUUUAGAAGACUUCGGUGAGUCUUUCUACAACGAUAAAAUUCCUGCUGUCAUUUAAGACCUCAAGGAUGCUGGUAUGCUUGUUGAAAGUGAUGGUGCUCAAUGUGUUUUCAUUGAAAAGUAUAAGAACUAACCUCCUCUCUUCAUUGUCAAAAAGGAUGGUGGUUACGGAUACGAUAGUACUGAUAUGGCCUGCAUCAAGUAUAGAUUAAAAACUUUGAACUGCAAUCGUUUAGUUUACAUUACUGAUGUUGGAUAACAACCUCAUUUUGAUUAUAUUAUUGCUGCUGCUGAAAAAAUCGGAUGGCACGUUCCUCCCACUACUCGUGCUGAGCAUAUGGGUUUCGGUAUCGUCUAAGGUGAAGACGGUAAGCGUUUCCGUACUCGUUCCAGUGAAACUGUCAAGCUAAAAGAUUUACUUGAUGAAGCUAGAGAACGUGCUUUAGAAAAAAUUAAAGAACGUAUUUCAGGUGGUGCUAAAGAAGAAGGUGCUGAAGAAGAUGAAGAAGAAAAAGAAAACAAGGGUAACUACACCAAGCUCUCAGAAGAAGAAUAUCUUGAUGCUGCUGAAAAGAUGGGUAUGGCUGCUAUUAAAUAUUACGAUUUACGUUAAAACAGAAUCAGCAACUAUAACUUCUCUUAUGAUAAAAUGCUUGACACUAAGGGUAAUACUGCUGUCUACUUACUCUAUUCCUAUGCUCGUCUUUGCUCCAUCAUCCGUAAGAGUGGUGUCUAGUCUGAAGAACUCUGCAAAAUUAUCUAAACUUAAGGAUUCAAGAUUUCUCAUCCCCAAGAAAGAAUCAUUGCUUCCCUCCUCAUAAAGUUCCCUGAUGUUCUUGACUAGGUUACUGAAGAUUUAGCAAUUAAUCGUUUAACUGACUAUAUGUAUGACCUUGCUUGCAAAGUAGCUGAAGGUUAUCGUAAAUAUCACAUCAACAAUUCUGAAGAUAAGCUUACUCGUAUCCUUCUCAUUGAAGCUACUCGUUAAGUCCUUGAAAAGUGUUUCUACUUGGUUGGUAUCAAGCCCCUUGAAAAAAUCUGA